UGUUGUUGGUAUCGGGCACUGUCAUUGGUGGCUGUAUCAGACAAGCUAUAUCUAGUCUGACAAAAACUUGCCCUCCCCGCAUUGCGACCAGAAGAGCCGUUUUGACAAGACGCGCUUCUACCGUCUGAAGAUCCGGGCUGUAGUGGAUGAUUCAAGCAGUCACCGGACAGGACAAAGGUUGAAGAUGAGCCGUCACUUUGAGUUUGUCCUGGCUCUGGCACUCCUGGCUGGAGCCGUGUACCCAGGCAAAAGCAUGCCUUCCCAGGAACAACUGACUGACGAAUAUCCCGAAUCUGAAAUAGAGGAAGCAGAGACUCUGCUCAAAGAGCUUGAAGAUUUGGUGGAUGAAGAAGUGAUGGCUAACAACAUCAUUGGUGAUGAGGAGACGGCGCUGUUUCCCGAAAAAAGACUUUCUGCACCAAUUCAUAACUGCUUGCUCAAAACAACCGACACCACCUACCGAUACCGAUGGGAUUCGCUCCGGCUUACGGGACCGCGCUUCACGUUUCAAGUAUCUGCACGAAACGAUGCCUUCAUUGGCCUGUCACCAGCAAACCGCGACGUUACGGACAUGUACGAAAUUCUCAUCGGUGGAUGGGCAAAUACAAGAUCAGCCAUACGACGAAGAAAGCUAGGUCCCAAUCUCGCUUUUGUCUCGACACCAGGCAUCGACUCGCCAACCGAGUUCAGGACCUUUUGGAUUAACUGCGCCCCAGACGGAACCAUUUCUGUUGGAAAGGGUGGUGUCGCUCAGCCGUUUAUGUCGUGGAGGGAUCCCAACCCGCUACGCGUCUCGUAUGCUGGGUACUCUACAGGCUGGGGGAGUACUGGGCGCUGGAAGUUCUGCUCCAUCAGAGAUCAAGCAACCUUUACUGACCCAAACCUUGCAUCAGGAAGACCUACGUUUCAAUGUAGCGUAGGGUGGGGAGGUACCCCGGGUCGAGCUGUGGACGGAAACAGGAGUCCUCACUGGAAUCACAAUUCCUGCACACACACGCAUGGAGAAAACGACCCAUGGUGGUACGUCGAUUUGGGAAGUUCAGUCACUGUCGACCACGUCACCAUCGUCAACCGCCGUGACUGCUGCUCUGAAAGGAUCACACCCUUCGAAGUCCACGUCGGGGACAGCACUAACGUGGCCAGCAACCCGAGGUGUGGCGGGCAUCACCACUUCCCUCCGACUGAGACCGAGCAUAAUGUCCACUGCGGCGGGUUGAGGGGAAGGUACGUGGGCAUCAGGCUGUCGGGGAAGAGCCGAGUCCUGACGCUGUGCGAGGUGGAGGUAUAUGCAUCUCCAAACCUAGCGUUGGGAAAACCAACUUUCCAGUCAAAUGUCGCACAUAACGGGUUUGCCACCCGAGCGACUGACGGAUGCAGGGACCCGAACUGGGGUAGCCAGUGCUGCACCCACACUAAUUGUGAGACGAACCCUUGGCUGCAAGUGGACCUCGGAACCUCGGUCAGAGUGCAGUGGGUGGUCAUCAUGAACCGCGCGGACUGUUGCCGAGAGCGACUCACCCCUUUCAACGUCCACAUCGGAAACAACGCGCGUGUAGAGUACAACCCUCGCUGCGGCGGGCAUCACACCAUCCCCGCUGGUAAGAACAAGGAUGCCAUCAACUGCAACGGAAUGACAGGACGAUAUGUGGGGAUCCGACUGCCCGGCUAUGGCCGCGUCCUGACAGUCUGCGAGAUAGAAGUCUACGCAGGUACGGUGACAAAGAGGACAUCUGAAGUGCGGGAGACCGAGGGAAAGGGCUGUGGAGAACAUGAGGAGGGACAAAGCUGGGUGGGUGAUGAGGAGGAACACAACUGCAACUGUGACGCCGGCGAAGAGUUCUGCUACAAGGUGGUGUGUGGGGAUGAUGGAGAAAAGAAACCCAUCAAGGGCGAAGAAGGGAUGUGGACCUGCGAGGAGACUGAAGAGACCGAGGAAACCGCACGGGAGAUCCUGGAGGAAACCAUGGAGAAUCUGAUGGAGGACUACAAGGAAUAACUGGCUGGAGUUGUGAAGAUCUGGCCAAGAAACUGAUGGACAUGGAAGUCAACUCGGCGUGACUUUCUUUUCACACGUUCUUAGCUUAUUCUUUCUUGGAAACUAUCUAGUCUGUACCUCUCUUACAGCAUUAUAGAUAUGGACUCUAUUUGCAACUCUUUGGCUUAUGUCAAAUCUAUUUUUCU